AUGGCACCUCCGUCGCCUCGGCGAUCCUCACGAGCUCGCGCGACCAAUUCUCAGUCACAGCCGUCAUCCUCCUCAUCGAACGCAUCUGGGCGUGUGGAGAGAAACACCCGAUCAAUCAACAAGCCCUCGUCGGAAAAGUCGACUCCGAGCAUCUCACUGUCUUCUGAGCCACUCGACGACUUCGACGAUACUUUGUUGGGCAGGAGACGCAAGCGCGGACAAAACGACGACAGCGACCGCAACUCACGGAGCGACAACAUAGACAUGGCUCAUGGCAGUGACGAUUUGCCAGAGGAGGAAGAUGAGGCUGUCCGCUGUCUCUGUGGCUCGGAGGAUUAUCCUGGCCCCCCCCCCGUCAAUGGCCCUGAUGCCGACAUUUUUGCGGCAAUUGAACUCACAGAUGAAGUCACUGGGUUUUUUGUUCAAUGCGACGUUUGCAAAGUCUGGCAACACGGAGCUUGCGUCGGCAUCUUCAGUGCAGAAAGCUCGCCUGACGAGUAUUUCUGCGAGCAAUGUCGGAAAGACCUCCACAAAAUACAUGCUGCCACCAACGGUCAAAAGUACUCAAAAUAUGUACCUCUAAGUCGACAAUCACGCGCCACCUCGCGAGCGGCCUCUAUUGCCAAAGAUGACAAAAACUCUUCCAAAAAUUCCCGCCCGGGCACGGCUACGCAGUCCUCCAAGCGAAGAUCUACAAUGAACAGUCGAGAUGCUGCCUACGAUGACGAGCAGUUGCGGCGAGCGAUAGAAAUCAGCAAGGAAGAAAAGACUAAUGACUCAGUCGAGUCAAAUGCCAGGCGUACCAAACGAGGGAGAAGUGGAAGCGAAGACAACAACAAUGCCAUUGUCAAACGGCAGCGAACAAGCUCCCGAUCUGUCUCUCCCCGUCCUGUCGAGAAACCAAACCAUGUGGAAGACGAAGCUUCCGAGGACAAUAUGGAAGCCCGCAACGGGGCUAAAGCAUCAGCGAGGAGUCACAGGCAUCAGCUAGAAACUGCUGAAAAGGACGACAAAGAACGCGUACGGCAAGAAGCCACAAACGCACGCAAAGGCCGAGCAGACCGCCGGCGAGCAGACGACUCGGAUCUCUCCGAAGAGAUACCCCUCGCUGCAUCUGCCAAGGUGAAUCAGCACAAGCCUGUGGAAUCGCCUACGAAAGAGAGGUCGCCUUCAAUCUUGCAAGCUCCAGGUACCCCACCAACUAGCCAUCCCACAACCAGCAGCUCUCACAAGAGAGGAGCUCGAAGCAAUAGACGGGGCAAAGGCAAAAACCAAUACACAAAAGAUCGAGACGUUGACGGGGGAUCGCCGGCUCGCUCAAUGUCUCGAGACCUUCAAAAAGGAGCCGAGCCUGCUGCUGCUACUGCCACCUCCUCCACCACCACCACAACUGCUACUACCACUGCCACUACUACAGGCCAAUCCAAGUCGUCCGCUACUGAGAACCGAGGCUCGAGAGGAAAGGGAAACACGGUCAACAAGAUGAGCAUGCUCGACAUGAAGCGUCGCGUGGCUGCCAUCAUGGAGUUUAUAUCGAGAACUCAAGUUGACUUGGCAACGGAAGCGCCUUUGAGCCCGAGCGUCAGCGGGCGAGAGACCCCGCAAGAAAAGCAAGAGUCGGCCCAGACGAAUUCUGACGUUGACCUCGGCGACAUUUCGUGCUCCUCCAACACCAACAACUUCAGGAAGCUGAGCUACAUGGAAAUGAUGGACGUGCUCACGCGAGACAUGGUCAAAUGGCAGAAUCAGUACGCAUGA